AUGUCAAACGAGAUAGCAAAUUCCGAGCCGCGUCGGGCUAGUGCGACCCGAAACAGACGGGCUGUCCCGCGACUAUCAUCUGAGUCGGGUUGGUCUAGUGACGACGACUCCGAACCCGAUCCCGCUGCGUUUUCCUUCUUGGAGGCUGCCGUCAACAAUGCACCUGGUUUAGACAACGCAUCCGAUGAUCGUUUGAGAGCGCACCAACUUAUUAGGGGGGCCAUGUCAAAUAAGAGGGUCGCUUCUAAGAAAGCUAUCACCUCACUUGAGAGCGUGGCAAUUUCGCAUUUACCGGAAAAUGAGAGGACCUGCGUGAUCUGCUAUAACGACUAUGGAGCCGAGACUCCCGAAGGCAUCAGUGAAAACCCGCUGCGGCUGCCAAAGUGUAAGCACGUCUUCGGAGACCAUUGCAUCAAGAAGUGGUUUGAAGAAUCGGAUAGCUGCCCCUACUGUAGGGAUAAAGUCCCAUCGGAACCUCAAUAUCGAAACGCGAUGAAUGCUCAUAACGUCUAUCGAUUCUUACGCCAGCACCACCAGGUGGCGAUGCAGAUGCAGAUGCAGAACCGGAGCCCCCGGGAGCACGAACGUAGCGAGCAAGAUUCGCUCGGGCGACCUGCUGAAAAUACGCUAGGCGGUUUAGCAACUUUAGCUUCGAGCCCGUUCCCAGAACUCGACUAUGCUGCAUUAAAUGGUGCUCCGGCUAGAAGACAAGACAAUCCGUCGAUGUAUAAUUCUCGAACACCAGCAUGGCAUGGCAAUUUCGGGGAUCGUCACUCUCCGCUUCCGUUUAGCGAGGCUAGCGACGGCAGACGUAGAGUGCGUCCUCGCCACGGAAGCUUGAGAGGAUUCCCCUCUGGACGGCCGCAUUUCUCAUCAAACGGUGCCGCCCCAGCUCAGCAGUACCCCUGGCUUAGCAGACCGAAUGCGAACCAUUCACACAAUCGCCAGCAUUCUGUAUCUUCGUCGAACACAACUACCCGACCGACAUUUGAUACUAAUGUCCCUGCUUUCCAAUUUCCGCCACAGAUGGGAGGAGCACCGACCGAGCCGUAUCUGAACCCAUUAAUUAUGGGAGGUUCUGGUAGUAAUGUGGAUGAGUAUACCCCACUACCCCAUAUGCGCUCACAGCAUGCCUCGCCGAUGUCCCCGACAUAUGCAGGCCCAGAAGUCUACAUGUCUAAUGCCGACGAGACUAUCUACGGAGGGGCUAUCUCUCACCAGCAGUCAUAG